AUGCCGAGUCGCGCCGCUAACUACAACUCGCAGUACCAUGACCGCCGCCGCCGCAGCGAGCGUGGCUAUGGACGGUGGGACCAUAGCAGAUAUUGGCAAUGGAGGAGUGAACACUGGGCAAGUACUUCGGCAGCAAGGAUGAACAUCAACCGAGCCGACAACCGUUACGGCGGCGCGGGCGAGAACUGGUACUACCGCGCAAUGCCCGGCCAGGCGGCCACGGAAAUGCACUACGCCACAUGUGGCAUGAUGAGCACGACGACGCCGACCUCUGAGCUGGUGCUGAUGCACGAUGCUUUCGGAUGGGCAGAAAGGCCUGGUUUUAUGAAUGUGCCAGCGGCCGCUCCCGCGUCUCCUUUGCCCCCGAGCAAUGAUGUUAAAAACAUCAUGGCCAAUAUGGCCCUCCUACGGGGCAUGGGGCCGGAGCAAGCGGCCAGAAUCUUAAAGGCUACAGCGGCCAUGCAGGGACCCUAUGAAGAUUGA